UGCAUGUCUCCGGAAGCGAGCAAGAGGCAAAAGCACGCUACUCCUCCGCCUGAUAUCUCCUUCGCAAGCGGCCCCAUCGCGGCCGACUCCGUCUCUGUCUGCUCCUCUCCACCUCUCUCUUUCUUCUCUCCCAGGGCCUUCAUCGUCGGCGAGGACUUUUCCACCACGCGCAAAGGACUGCUGCUUCUUCACCUCCUCCCACCUGCAAAAUCCGUCCCCGGCGUCGCCCGAUCCGCGGUACGUGCGUUUGGUUGUCGGGCGAGUUCGCAGAAAGAGGGUAUUGAGACCCAAUAAAGAGAGGACAAAAACAAAAAAAAACCGAAGUCUGGAAGUGCGUUUCUCUCCGAGGAAUCGUCGUUCGUUCUUGUUGACGGAGUAAACGAUGGCGUGCCUGUGAUUGGUUAAGUAAAAAGUGCGAAGGAAGCAUCCUGCAUAGAGUUAUUCUUCUUGGAGUAGUUGCCCAUCAGCGUGGAUUUUCAUUUUAGUCCAUCUGGCUGUGAUCAAUCGAAUCUGAGUAAGUUUGGAGAACUUUUUCGCACAUCAGAUACACCAUGCUCAAGGUCCCGGAUCAUCAAGUCGCCGGCCACCGGGGAGACGGGGGAAAGCUGGGGCCACUGGUGGAUGAUUCGGGCCGCUUCUAUAAGCCUCUCCAGAGCGAUCAUCGCGGAGACACGGAAUUGGCCUUUUACGAGUCAUUCUAUUCCAAUACCGAGAUCCCAGGUCACAUUCGCAAAUUCUUUCCUGCGUUUCACGGAACUAAGACUAUUGAGGCGUCUGAUGGAUCGGGUCCUCAACCUCACCUGGUUCUGGAGGAUCUCGUCGCGGGUCGCACGAACCCAUCUGUCAUGGACAUCAAGACUGGAUCCAGAACAUGGUAUCCGGAGGCCUCUGAGGAGUACAUCCAAAAGUGCUUAGAGAAAGAUCGAAAUAGCACAAGCGUUUCGUUGGGUUUUAGGAUUUCUGGGCUAAGGGUAUAUCAAAAUAGCGAAGCUGGAUUUUGGCAACCUGAGAAGAAGGUUGUUUAUAGCUUUAAUGCGGACGGUGUCAGGUCGGCUCUGAGGAAGUUUGUUUCUUCCAACUUGUCUCUGGGUCCAAAUGUGGAUCCGGAUGGUUUGUAUGCAUCAAAAGUUUACUGUCACCGGGGUGGAAUUUUGGCACAAUUGCUUCAGCUGAAGGAAUGGUUCGAGGUUCAGACGAAUUAUCACUUCUAUUCUUGUUCACUCAUUAUCUUAUAUGACAGGGAGUCUGCUUUGGACGGCCGUGCACACCCGAAAGUUAAACUGGUGGACUUUGCACAUGUGAUGGAUGGCCACGGCGUGAUCGAUCACAACUUCUUGGGUGGCCUCUGUUCUGUAAUCAAGUUUAUACGUGACAUUGUUGAUGAAGACAACGAGUGUGCAAAGUGCGAAGUCAAUCUUGGAUUGAAAGAAAAUGGCUUCUAUAAGAGCAGCACGGAACCAGAGCUUGAUCACGAGGCCUGCUAGUGGGAACUGGAGAAUAACUGCAUUCAUGCAUUCCUGCUCUGACAAGUGGUUCAGAAUGGGUAUAAUAACAGUCUAUUUUAGUCGUGGCUUUUUCAUUUCUCUAUGGCCAUUCUUGUUUACUGUACUUGUUUGGCCCAAUCUGCUGGUAAUUCAUCUCUCCUUUGAACCGCACUUAUAAUUUGUAUGAGACUGUUCGUUUGCCAACGUGCUUAUUGUUUCGGCUAACUAGAAUGCUUAAUAUUCGUGUCUA